AUGACCUAUUUUCCGGUAUAUAUCUACUGGGACACCUUUACUUAUUGCAGAGAGCACAUCCUGAAGAGAUUUAAGACCAGAAACUUUGAAGAGGCCUUCAGGACCUUCUACCAGGGCUUUCUCUAUCCAGUCAGCAUUAUACUCAGUUAUGCGUGGUCCUUUGAGCGAGACCGCUAAGACUGUAAUUUCGAGAUCUGUGAUGACCUCUCGGAAUAUAACAAAGGGUUUCCAAAUGGCCAUACCAUUGGACCAGAACAUGUAGUGACUAUUUUGUCCGAGCCUCAAACAGCUUUCCAUGGACAUCCUGGAAAUAAUUUCCUAACUCCAAAAAUUCUAGCAAGUUACUGCUUGUCACAUAAAGCGGCGGGAAAUAAGUUAAACAUAUGCUCAAAUAUUUCCGUGUCACUGAGCACUAAUUUGGCCCUUUUUAAGCAUGAUCUACAGGGACUCAACGUUCGGGGUCUAGUUCAAGAACCAUAUAUUGACGACAAUUUAAAUACAUGUUUGCGGGUUCUGGAACGUUAUUACAACCAAGUUGGGCUUGAGAUCAAACAAGGCUGA